AGGCAUGCUGCGGGCCACGGUUGUUUCUUGAAGAUUUCUGAAAGGAAUUUUAACAGACAACUCAAAGAUAAUUAGUUUUAUUUAUGUUUUUUUUAUAUCACAAGAGUAUCAGGAGUCAAAUGACCCAAUGGGAAACACUAUGAAUGUAACGGAGAACGGGACCGAAUAUUAUGACUAUGAUUCCGACUGCAAUGAGACAAGUUGGGUCUUCACCAGUGGAUCUAUGCUCAUCCCUGUUCUUUACUACAUGUUGUUCUGUGUGGGCCUAAUGGGAAAUGCUAUAGUUCUCUGGGUUCUCCUCCAGUACACAAAGAUAAGGACUAUGACUGACGUGUUCCUCCUAAACCUGGUCCUAUCUGACCUGUUAAUGGCUGUGUCCCUGCCUGUCUGGGUCCACGUUGCCCAGAGCCUUCCAUCCUGCAAACUGGCUACAGGAUUCUAUCAAUUGGGUUUCUACAGCGGGACGUUCUUUGUGACCAUGAUGAGCGUGGACCGCUACCUCGCUAUCGUCCACGCUGUGGCAGCCAUGCGAAAACGGACCCUUCGCUACGGACUCAUCGCCAGCCUCACCAUCUGGGUCGCAUCUGUGGUCUUGGCAACCCCACAAGUGGUCUUUGCCAGCUUAGAGUCGCUGGACAAUGAAAGCUUCCAGUGCCAACCCAUCUACCCACAGGAAACCGAGGAGUCGUGGAAAAUGCAGCGAAAUUUCACAGAGAACGUGGUGGCCCUAUUUCUCUGUCUUCCUGUCAUUAUUUUUUGCUAUGUGAAUAUCCUCGUAGUGGUCUCCAAAUCCAGGAACUCCAAAAGGGACAAAGCAAUUAAGUUGAUUUUCACUGUGGUGUGUCUGUUUGUGCUGUGCUGGGUGCCCUACAACAUCGUCGUCUUCUUGAAGACACUGCAACCGAUGUCUGAAUACCUAAACAACUGCGAGUCGUCACGGGCCAUCGACACAGCCAUGGUCUUUGCUGAGAUCAUUGCUCUGUCUCACUGCUGCGUAAAUCCAGUCAUCUACGCAUUCGUCGGGGAGAAGUUCAGGAAAACGUUGGCCAAAGUGCUUUCCAAGUAUUUCCGUUGGAAUUACCAGAGCACCAGUCAAACCACAGACAACGAGACCUCCAACACACCUGUACGAUCAGAUUAUUAAAACUGGGUCAUCGUUGUGAUCGAGGCGGGAUGUGCAGUGCUUCUUUGUUUCUCUGCACCGAGAGACUGUAUAGAUAAAGAUGUGUGUGUGUGUGUGUGUGCGUGUGUGUGUGUGUGUGUGUGGGCGUGUGUGUGUGUGUGUGACAGCAUUGUGGCAGUGGUUAUGGAGGAAGGGGGGGGUCAUGCGGUUUCAGCUUGCAAAGGUUUCGGCACAUAUAUCAAGUUCUUCCUUGUCACAUGCAAGGUGAUGACUCAUUCAGAAAGUGUACAAGAAUUACCUGAAACAUUUAAAUGCAAAUUCCAACCAACCCAUGUGUUUCUGUCAUUCUGUUCAUCCUUUAACAAGAAGUACAAAGAGCCGAUAAAAAAACGUAAUCACUUUUGUAUAUGUAAAUAUAUGGUUUCAAUGUACAAGAAGACCAUUAAGAUUAGAUGAAAAUGCUUUUUUAUUUUGUAUAAAUAGUGCUGUUUGUGAAUACCAAAAUGUAUUAAAUUGUGUUCGUGGUGUUUUUUGUCAGCUUCCUUUUCAAUAAAUGUCAAAUGCCUUUCACCCACAGAGUCUUUCAAGAUCUUGAUAUGUGUUUGACAAGCUCUUUCUGUAUCAUAAAAGCAGUUCAAACUUUUCCAAAAUCUUUAUCUAUUGAACAUCUUACAUCUCAUGUUUUAGAUGAACCAGUAAGUUACCUGUUUCAAAAGACUUCAAAUACGUCAUAAUGAUUCAAAGAUUUGUUCUAUAUUUUUCUCUAAUUUAUCAGGGGUAAAAUUCAUUCAGGCUAACCUAAUCUUGUAUGAAAAAGUAAUUGACUCCUUAAUCAUGCCACCAUAGCAACAAACAACUGCUAUCAAGCAUUUACAGUAAUUGACUGUAAGUGAUUUGGGUUUUCUGUGUGUUUAUUUUGGUUUCUGUGUUCUGCAGAGUCUCUGUGUUGUCCUUUCUACCCCUUGAUAGAGUGCAGCUAUUCCUUGUUUCCCCUGAUUGUCUCCCUGUGUAUUUAAUCCCAUCUGUGUUCCUUGUUCCUUGUUGGGCUCAUUUCAUUAUUAAACUCAUCGUUUUUUCACUCCAACGUGGGUCCUCAUUAUCAUCCUCACCACCUCUUCACUGCAAAUCAUGACACUGACAAUAAUUUUUUUGAAUAUCAAGGCUGAAUUUCUGCACCCUCUUCUUUGCAUGGUUGUUUUUUUUGUUUCAGCCAUAUUGGAGGGUUUUUUGAGUACGGACACUGUACUUUGAUGAUUGUCAUGCAAACGUACUGCACCGAUGGUAUCAAUGAAAUUGUUCAGUGGACUGAUGAAAAUGCUCCUAUAAUAAAAACAGCACAAAACAAAGAAAUUGUGGAUCAUUUCAUAAUUGUCACACAGUUCCCAUAGCAUUCAUAAUGGAGAAAUCAAUAAGACAUAUCCUGUCCAGGAGUGACACUGAAAACCUAACAAGGCAGGAAGGCUGGAGUAAUUUGAAUCUUUACUAUCAUGAAAUCCACAAAUGCAGUUGAAAGCCAUCGGCUGAUCCAAAAAGCUGCAGUGACAG